AUGUCUGAUCAAGAACAACAAGCCAAGGAAGAGAAGCCCGACGCCACCCACAUCAACUUGAAGGUGUCGGACUCGAGUGCCGAGAUCUACUUCAAGAUCAAGCGGUCGACGCCGAUGAAGAAGCUCAUGGACGCGUUCUGCAAGCGCCAGGGGAAGCUGAUGGAGUCGAUGCGCUUUUUAAUCGAUGGCAACCGUAUCAAUGAAACCGACACUCCCGACUCGCUCGACUUGGAGGACGGCGACACCAUCGAGGCCCACCGGGCCCAGACUGGCGGCUACUGGUAG